UUUAAAGCAAUACUAAUUUUAUUCUACAAAAAUCUGCGUGUUUGUAAACACUGGCAGGCUGCUGCUCUCAUUUGUGCUUAUUAGCUCAAUUGAAAAAAGAAUCACCCCAUGGGAUCAAAGAGCAAGAAUCUGGUUCUGGGUUUUGUUGUCUUAGCUGUAUUCUUGAUUUCAGGUGUAAAAUCUUGGACUGGUGAGAUUCACGGUAGAGUAGUCUGUGAUGUUUGCGCUGAUUCUUCCAUUGGUCCUGAAGAUCAUAUUUUAGAAGGUGCUGAGGUUGCUGUACUUUGUAUUACAAAAUCUGGUGAAGUAGUAAAUUACCAGGCUUUCACAAACGCCAAGGGGAUAUACACCGUGGCCGAAACAAUGCCUGAGAGUGACCGUUGGAAUACAUGCUUGGCACGACCGAUCAGUAGUUUCCAUGAUCACUGCAACCAUCUUGGGAAUCGCAGCACCGGUAUCAAGUUCACCUAUAGUCGCCCAUCAGGUCAUUUCCACACUGUCAGACCAUUUGUAUAUCAACCCUCUACUGCCCCAUUCUACUGCACCGAAACUCUUAGUGAAUAAGUAUACUUUAGAAGCAAUCGUGAAUGUCUUACACAGAUGCAAACAAGAAUGUUCUAAUUUAUAAAUACCGAAAAAAAGUGCAUGUUUCUUGUGGUUCACCUUGUUCUAUCUUGUGGUCUACCUGAGACAAGCAAUUAAUAAAGAAAUUGUAAGUACCUUUGUUGUAAGAUGAUAUGAGGGCCAUUUCUUUUCGCAUGUAAGCUUUCUUCAUGAUUACAA